AUGGACACGGAGAAUGCACCCCACAAGCGGCUCUCGUCGUACAAACAUGGUUCAAAGUCGAAUACGGAAUUGCGGCAGCGGCGUCACGAGGUUACGGUCGAGCUGCGUAAGAACAAGAAAGAGGAUCAACUGUUCAAGCGUCGCAACAUCACGGACGACGACGGUCCGACGUCACCGCUGCAGGAAAACAACGCCCAGAGUCCGGUGACGCUGAAGUACGAAGAAAUCAUGCAGUACAUCAAGAGCGGCGUGCCGGGCAAAGAGUUUGCGGCCGUACAGGCGGCUCGCAAGAUGCUGAGCCGGGAGAAGAAUCCGCCGAUCGAUAAAAUUAUCGCCCUCGGCAUGGUCCCGAUCUGCGUGCAGUUCCUGGAGGCCUCCGAUCGGCCGCCCCUGCAGUUUGAGGCUGCCUGGGCACUGACAAACAUCGCGUCCGGCACUUCGGAGCAAACGAGGGUCGUGAUCGCGGCACACGCCAUCCCGCGCUUCAUCAACCUGCUCAGCUCGCCCUCGGUAACGGUGGCCGAGCAGGCCGUCUGGGCGUUGGGAAACAUUGCGGGUGACGGGUCGAAAGCCCGCGAUAUCGUGCUCGAGUACAACAGCGUCGAAGCGAUCAUUAACCUGGUGCAGAACCCGAACACACCGAUCUCGUUCCUGCGCAACAUCGUGUGGCUGAUGUCGAACCUGUGCCGGAACAAAAAUCCCGCUCCGCCUUUCAAUCGCAUCGAACCGAUGAUUCCGGUGCUGUCGGCGCUGCUCGAUCACGACGAUUCGCAGGUUCUGUCGGACGCGUGCUGGGCCCUAUCGUACGUGACGGACGAUGAUUCGCCGAAGCUGGAAUCGGUCGUCGAAGCCGGUGCUGUGCCGAAGCUGGUGCGGCUACUCGGUUCCAACAAUCCGGCCAUCAUCACGCCGGCCCUGCGCAGCGUGGGGAACAUUGUGACGGGCAACGACACGCAAACGGACGCCGUGAUCGCGGCCGGUGCCCUUCAGUCGUUGGGCAAUUUGUUGCGCCACUCGAAGAACAACAUCGUGAAGGAGGCCGCCUGGACGGUGAGCAACAUUACCGCCGGCAAUCAGCCGCAGAUUCAGUACGUGCUGGAUUCCGGUAUUUUCAACCAGCUGAUCGAGGUGCUGGCAAAGGGAGAUUUUAAGUCACAGAAGGAGGCGGCCUGGGCGAUCACGAACACAACGACCGGCGGAUCGGCCGAGCAGAUCGUGAUGUUGCUGGAGAAGUACAACCUUCUGAAGCCGUACUGCGAUCUGCUGGAUGCGAAGGACAGUCGCACGGUUCGCGUCGUACUGAGCGGGGUGACCAACAUCUUCCAGAUUGCCGCCAAAAUUGGCGGGGUCGAGAACCUGUGCACGAUGAUUGAAGAAAUCGGCGCACUGGACAAGCUGGAGAUGUUGCAGAACCACGAAAAUGAAGAGGUCUACCAGAAGGCACUUAAUCUGAUCGAGACAUUCUUCUGCGAUGCGGAGGACGUCAAUCCCGAGUGUGCCCCGAAGGAAGCAAACGGUGCGCUUGAAUUCAACCCGACGCAACCGCAAAAUGGAGGAUACUCCUUUUAGAGACUGUCACCGGCCUG